CAGGAGCACUCUCCUAAUGCUUCCGCCGACGUGCCUCGGGACGACGGCCCGGGGUUCCGAGGCCGAGUCCUUUCUGACUUUCGGAGUUUCCUCUGGUUCUGGUUCCAGACGAACGUGUGGACCUAGCCUGGGGCAGGCUGUGUGUACUGCUGACAGUUCCCCACCAGCUCACUAGGUAGGAGACGGCUGAAGAAAGGUGCUGUAACAGAGACUUGCCGAAGAGGCCCAGGCCCAGAACCAAGAAUGGAGGAAAAUAUGAAGUUUGCUACAGUGGAAGACACCGUAGAGUAUCGCCUGUUCCUGAUACCAGAUAAACGAGGGGACCCAGAAGAACACAGAGAGAUCCUUCAAAAGUACAUUGAGAGGAUAAUGACCCAGUUUGCACCUAUACUGGUCCCCUAUAUCUGGCAGAAUCAGCCUUUCAAUCUCAGAUAUAAACCUGGGAAAGGAGAUGUUCCUGCACAUUUAUUUGGCAUGACAAAGUUUGGGGAUAACAUUGAGGAUGAAUGGUUUAUUGUUUAUAUAGUGAAGCAAAUUACAAAAGAAUUUCCAGAGUUAGUAGCAAGGAUUGAAGACAAUGACGGUGAAUUCUUGUUAAUAGAAGCUGCUGAGUUUCUCCCUAGAUGGUUGGAUCCUGAUAAUAGUGCCAACAGGGUAUUUUUCCACCAAGGGGAGUUGUGCAUUAUUCCUGCACCAAAGAAAUCUGGAACAGUAUCCUGGUUACCUACCACACCCCCGACAAUCUCACAAUCACUGAGUAUAAUCUCAACACACCCAGAAAAAAUUCUGGCUUCAGAAUCUGUACGAGCUGCUGUGAACAGACGCAUCAGAGGGUACCCAGAAAAAAUUAAAGCCUCCCUUCAUCAAGCACACUGCUUCCUCCCAGCUGGCAUUGCAGCAGUGCUGAAGCAGCACCCCAGAUUGGUGGCUGCAGGAGUCCAGGCAUUUUACCUCCGGGACCCCAUUGACCUGCGAGCCUGUCGUAUUUUCAAGACAUUCUUGCCUGAAACACGAAUAAUGACAUCGGUCACUUUCACUAAAUGUCUGUAUGCACAGUUGGUGCAACAAAGGUUUGUGCCAGACCGGCGGAGUGGAUACAAGCUGCCUCCUCCAUGUCAUCCCCAGUACCGAGCCCAUGAAUUGGGCAUGAAGUUGGCUCAUGGAUUUGAGAUCUUAUGUUCCAAAUGUAGCCCACAUUUUUCUGACUCCAAAAAAUCCCUUGUGACUACAUCACCACUCUGGGCUGGCUUCCUUGAAAGUCUGAAAAAGAAUGAUUACUUUAAGGGACUGAUGGAAGGUUCUGUUCAGUACCAAGAAAGGCUAGAAAUGGCCAAGAACUACUUCCAGCUCUCUGUAAAUCGGCCACAAAGCUCUCAUGCUAUGAGCCCAGGUGAAGAAAUCUUAACAUUAUUGCAGACAAUACCAUUUGAUAUAGAAGAGCUUAAGAAAGAAGAAGCUUAUCUUCCCCCAGAAGAUGAUGAACGGUGGUUAGAUCUCUCACCAGAUCAACUGGACCAGCUGCUGCAGGAAGCUGCUGGCAAAAAAGAGCCAGAGUCUGUUUCCAAGGGGCAGGAGGAGAACUAUGACUUAACUCAAGUCUCAGAGAGCAUGAAAGCUUUCAUAUCCAAAGUCUCAACCCACAAAGGAGCAGAGCUGCCUCGAGAACCUUCUGAGGCUCCAAUCACUUUUGAUGCAGAUUCUUUUCUUAAUUAUUUCGAUAAGAUUUUAGGUUCAAAGUCCCAUGAGUCAGACUCUGAUGAUCUGGAUGAGGAAGACUCUGAAUGUUUAGACAGUGAUGAUGACUUGGAUCUUGAAACACAGGAGCCUGGAGAAGAAGCAUCUGUCAAAGGGACUCUGGAUGAUCUCAAGUCAUACAUGGCCCAGAUGGACCAGGAAUGAGCACGUACCAGCUUUGGCAAAAGUUUCACCACCCAGAAGCAAAUGGAACCUCUAUCCCAGACUACCAAUGACAAUUCAGAGGAGGAAGAUUCUGGCACAGGAGGAUCUGUUAUGACGCCAGUGGAUGUAGACCUGAACCUGGUUUCAAACAUAUUAGAGUCCUAUAGUUCCCAAGCUGGACUAGCAGGACCUGCUUCCAACCUUUUACAAAGCAUGGGUGUGCAGCUGCCUGACAGUGCUGAUCACAGACCCACAAGUAAGCCAACGAAAGAUUAGCAAGCCAACCUAGCCUCUCUUUUUUUCUUCUUGAAUAAAUAUUGAGUCUGACUAUGCUCA